UAUACGGCGCCAGGAUGCCCAGAGAAUUUGCUCACACACACUUCCCCUGCUCUCACUUGCUGCAUCUUCCCCCGGAGCUCAGGUCAAUCUACAAUGGCAAUGAUCAGUCCUGCCGCCGCCACUGUCGUCGCCGCCAGGCCGGGGCAGGCUCUAGGGCUGCCUCAGCUUAGGGUGACCAGGGCCGAGAGGCUGAGGUGCGGCUGCUCCAAGGACCGCAAGGAGGCGGCAGCGGCGAGUCCGGCGGUCGUGAAGGGCGUGCCGCUGCUGGCCGCGGCGAGCGCAGCCGUUACGGCGGCGGCCCCGGCGCUGGCGCUGGUGGACGAGCGGAUGUCGACGGAGGGCACGGGGCUGAGCCUGGGGCUGAGCAACAACCUGCUGGGGUGGAUCCUGCUGGGCGUGUUCGGCCUCAUCUGGUCCCUCUACACCGUCUACUCCUCCACCCUGGACGACGACGACGAGUCCGGCGGCCUCUCCCUCUGAAGUCCCACCACCAGCACCAUCUUCUUCCUCCUGCCUGCCCGCCUCAUCCUUGAAAGCUUUGAGUAAUUACCAGACGAAUGCCGAGUUACUGAUUACGGUAGGAGAACUGUAAGAUGCAGUAUGCCAGUGUUAAACCGUUGCAGUUAUUAACUUGUUGUUUGGAUCACAAAAUCUCGUUGCCAGUACUACGAAGCAAGUCCAGUUGUGUUAAUUCAUCCAUCUCACACAAGCCUUGGGGCUCGAAGUAAGAUCCAACGCAUCCUUGAUU